AUGGAAUUCGAAAGCCCCGAUGUUGAAAAAGAUUUCCCUGGUUUAUAUGCUUCUGACUUAAGUAAAAAAUGCAAUGAAAGUGAUUUUAGUGAUGAAGCUCAUGAUAAAUCAUUUAAAAAAGAUUUAAUUAUUGGAAAAAAAAAAGACAAAAAAGAUUCGAAAAAGGAUAGAGGUUAUGCUGCUUUAGAGGGUGAAAGUUCUGUUGAUGAAGACACAGAUUUGAAGAGUCCGUGUAAAUCGAAAAAAAGCAAAACGUUUAAAUUUUCUUCUAAGAAAGCAGAAAAAAAAGAAAAAAUUAAAGAUAAAGAUAAAGAUAAAGAUGUAGAUAAAAAAGAUAAAGAAAAAAAGGAUAAGGAUAAAGUAAAAAGUAAAGAAAAAAAGAAAAUUAAAAACAGUGAAGAAAUUUUAGAUUCGAAUGAAAACCACAAUGUUUUUGGAGUUAAUCUUUCUACUGCAGUCGAGAGGAAUGGUUGUUUGGAUGGUGUUCCAAUUCCAUUGGUUGUAAGAAAUUGUAUAGAUUGUAUUCACAGUUUCGGUUUAAAUUUAGAUGGAUUAUAUAAAAUUCUCGGUAUGAAAUCAAAAGUUCUAGCCGUGAAAAAAAUGUACAAUGCAAGAGAAAAUGUUUCAUUGGGAGAGUGUGAUGUACCUGUUGCAACUUGUUUGCUAAAACUUUUCUUAAAAGAAUUACCCGAUUCAUUACUUACCACAGAGUUAUUGGCAAGAUUUGAAGAGGCUGGUGCAAUAAUGGAAUUAGAUUUAAGAGAAAAAACUCUACAGAAUUUAUUAGCUCAAUUACCUGUUGUGAAUAAAAUUUUGUUGGGGUGGCUCAUAAAUCAUUUUGAUAUAGUUACAAUGCAUGAAAAACAUAAUAAGCUAAAUGCCCAAUCGAUUGCUAUGACAUUUAGUCCUGUAUUACAAAUGAGUCAUAGAUUGCUUACUGCAUUUUUAUGCCAUUGCAAACCUCUGUUCUCGAAUAUAACAAUCGAAAGGUACAUUCCACCGCUUUGUCCAGGAAGUGCAUUUCCAGAAAAACCAGAUGAAAUAUCAUUGGAAUUAAAAAAACAAGAGUUAUUAUUAAAUCAAUUACAUAGAGAAAUGAGCGAAGGAUUUGUUUCGAAAAAAAAAGAAGAGCAGUUAUGGGAAGUUCAAAGGAUAGUCACUCAAUUAAAAAGAAAACUUAGAAGUUUUCAUAAAUUUAGUGAAAUAAAUACUGUGGUUAAAAGUUUCGAAGAAGAUUGUAAACCAAAUGUAGAGACCUCUUGUGAAAAUAAAAUCAAUGUAACAGAAAAAAAUGUUUCUCCCAUUCAGUUAAAUUUAAAAUUAAGUAACUCAAAGGAAAAUUUAAACGAUAGCAAAAAUGAAGAAGGAGUACCGAAUAAAGGAAAUAAAUUAAAUUCCACUUCUCCUGAAAAGGUUGUAAAAAAAGAAAAAUCACCAAAUCAGUCGUCGUCACCCGAAAUACCGCCUUCUACGAAUAAAAUUUUAAAAGAAUCACAAUUUCCCUCCGAUUUGAAUUUAGAACAACUCAAAUGCGAAUUAGAAUACAAAGAAUUGUUAAAAUUUCAAACUGCACUAAAAAAUAGAAUAGCUCAAGAAAAAGAACUUAUUUCUGAAUUAAACACAAAAAUUCUUUUUUAUGGGAAGGACGUUUUAAAUUCACCAAAAACCGAAACUUUUACAAAUGUUGAAAAAAUAGAGAAAGACUGUGAAACAUUACAAAAAAAAAUAAAAGGGCUGCUAUUGAAGAUUUUCGAAGAACGAUUAGCUUGCAUAAAGCUUAAGGUUUACAUAAAUAUUUUGACGAUUCCAGAAAAAGGAAUGCAGGAAUGCUGA